AAAUUUAAACUUAAGAAUGAAAUAACAUCGGACUAUGGACAUACAUUGGAAAGGAUUACUGUCAUUUCUCUGCCUACAAAUUUGCAUCGGCAUCAGAUGGGACAAGAUUCGUUGCUCGUUCGACCGGCAGCCCGUCAAAGAAGGUUUGCUACCUGAAGACCAGACUGGACGCUUUCCCUGGCUAGGAGUUAUCCAGUAUGACUUUUUCUACGCCGGAAAAAUGCGUUACGCCAUUACGGGCGCCGUUCGCAUCCACCCUUGGUACGCUCUUGCCGCAGCCGAGGAUAUCUAUAAAAUCGACCGCAGCACCAUAACGAACAGCACACACUUCAUAGUAUGGCACAGCGCCGAGGUGAAGUACUACAUGGGAGUACUGGACUAUAUACUGCACUACGAGUUUACUACGAACGUCACUCUCGCGACUUUAGCCAUGAUGGUGCUAAUACCGGACAAACCCAACAAGUUAGGGCAUGCUGGCCCCGCUUUGCCCAUCUGCCUGCCCGCUAAAGGAUCCCGCUCGCUUAAACACCUCUUCGUUACCAGAAUAUCAGAUGUUACCGGCGAGUUAAGGAAGGAAGUGACUAAAGUGCACCACGUUAAAGAUCAUGAGUGUAAAGAGUUUUAUAAAAAAUCCGAGUUGGACUACAAAAUGAUGGCGCCAUCGCAUAUGGUCUGCGUGGCGGCAGCGAAUGCCAAGCCCUGCGUUUGGGACGGCGGGGCGUUGCUGGUCUCUCGCGAGUCAGGAUUAUAUUGGACGCUGUUAGGUUUUAGCUCUCACGGACCCGGCUGCGGUGUGCCAGCGCGUUUCAUCGAUGUGAACAGCCACAUGGAAUGGAUAGACGCACAGAUAGCCGCGGCGUCUUACUACCAGUGUGAAGACUGCCUUUACCAGUGCUGUAACGCUGUUUACGCCCCGUCAGCGAAGUGUGCUGUGGUUAUGAAUGGGGCAAGAUCCGCUGUUCCAUGGACCACAUGCCUGUGCAGCCGGGUCUUCUGCCCCCGGAUCAGAUAGGAAGGUUUCCUUGGAUGGGGGUCAUACAACAUGAUUUCUAUUCCGCAGACACGAUGCGGUACAGCAUCACAGGAGCUGUGCUCAUACACCCGGAAUAUGCGCUUGCGUCGGCAGAGGACAUGGCUAAAAUUGAGAGGGAUAUUGUCAGGAAUAGCACAUACUUCAUAGUAUGGUACAGUUCUACUGUGAAAUACACCAUGGGUGUCGCGGAUUACAAGCUGAACGACGAAUAUGAGACUAUGACGUACGCUACCACAGCUCUCGUUAAGAUAAUCAAUGAGCACCAUAGUC